AUGCUCGAUGCGGCAAUGGUAUUCGCCGUUUUGGUGGCGGCGAUUUGGGUUGGGGAAUCAGAGUACAUAGAGUACAAUACGACGCAGAGGAUAGUCCCAGACAAAAUAAACGUGCACAUGGUACCUCACUCCCACGACGAUGUUGGCUGGCUCAAGACCGUCGACCAGUACUUCGUUGGAGCCAACAACUCCAUUCGGGGUGCAUGUGUGCAGAAUGUGCUGGAUUCUGUGAUAUCCUCUCUCUUGGAGGACAAGAAUCGCAAGUUCAUAUAUGUUGAAAUGGCCUUUUUCCAAAGAUGGUGGAGACAGCAAAGUAAAGCAAUGAAAAUUAAAGUCAAGGAGCUUGUCAAUGCGGGUCAGUUGGAAUUCAUAAAUGGGGGUAUGUGUAUGCAUGAUGAGGCCACCCCACAUUACAUUGAUCUAAUUGAUCAGACCACUCUCGGGCAUCAAUUUAUCAAAGAUGAAUUUGGUAAGGUUCCAAGAGUUGGUUGGCAGAUUGACCCAUUUGGCCAUUCUGCAGUUCAGGCUUACUUGCUUGGUGCUGAGCUAGGAUUCGAUUCACUCUUUUUUGCUAGAAUUGAUUACCAAGAUAGAGCCAAGCGAUUGAAAGAGAAGACUCUUGAGGUUAUUUGGCAGGGUUCCAAGUCUCUUGGCUCUUCUUCACAAAUAUUUACUGGGAUAUUUCCCAGGCAUUAUGAUCCUCCUGAUGGUUUCACUUUUGAGAUAAAUGAUGUUUCCCCUCCUAUUCAGGAUGACAUGCUACUAUUUGACUAUAAUGUUCAAGAAAGGGUCAACGAUUUUGUGUAUGCUGCCUUAGCUCAGGCUAAUGUGACCAAAACAAAUCACAUUAUGUGGACAAUGGGGACAGACUUCCGGUAUCAAUAUGCUAAUUCAUGGUUUAGGCAGAUGGAUAAGUUUAUUCACUAUGUCAAUCAGGAUGGACGUGUCAAUGCAUUAUACUCCGCACCAUCUAUCUACACUGAUGCAAAAUAUGCAGCUAAUGAAUAUUGGCCUCUUAAAGUUGAUGAUUUCUUCCCGUACGCAGAUCACCCAAAUGCAUAUUGGACUGGAUAUUUCACAAGUAGGCCUGGUUUGAAGGGCUAUGUGAGAGUGAUGAGUGCUUACUAUCAGGCAGCAAGGCAAUUGGAAUAUUUUAAAGGGAGGAAUGAAACCGGACCGAAUACUGAUGCAUUAGCUGAUGCUUUAGCAAUUGCUCAGCACCAUGAUGCAGUUAGUGGCACAGAAAGGCAGCAUGUAGCUUCUGAUUAUGCACUGCGACUCUCAUUGGGAUAUGAAGAGGCAGAAAGAUCGGUUGCAUCUGCACUUGCUUCCUUGGUAAAUCAAAGAUUAAGUUUGCAUGGGGUGAACCUAGCGACAGACUUCCAGCAGUGUCCUCUUCUUAAUAUAAGUUACUGUCCUCCGUCAGAAACUACAUUGGUUGAUGGAAAGAGCUUGGUGAUUGUUGUGUAUAAUCCUCUUGCUUGGAAGAGGGAAGAUGUAAUUCGAAUUCCUGUAAGUUCUUUUACUGGUAAUUUGUUUAUUUUAUUUCUUGUUGGAGUUUGGUAUGCGCUGUACAAAAUGUAUUCCAUCACUUCAAAAUCAACUGUUGCUGCCCUGUUCCAUUUACCUGUUGAUAGGGUUUCCACUGCACAUGUUUUUGUUCGGGAUUUGGCUGGGAAUAAAAUUGAGUCUCAGCUUCUGCCCCUGUCUAAUGCUACUUUGACUAUGAGAAGACAUUAUGUCAGAGCAUAUAAAGGAAAAGCUCCUGGGAGUGACGUACUCAAGUAUUGGCUUGCAUUUCCAGUGUCUGUUCUUCCCCUUGGUUUCAGCACCUAUAAAGUGACAAGCUGUGAUCAGUCAUGUCAUAGUUCAACUAUCUCAAAGAUGUACAGACCAGAAGGAAGCACUGAUAAAAGCAUAAAAGUUGGACAAGGGAAUCUUAUGCUACUUUAUUCAGCAGAUGAAGGAAAACUGACUCACUAUGUUAACAGUAGAACCCUGGUUACUGCAUCAGUUGCACAAUCAUACAGUUAUUAUUCUGGAAACGACGGGACUGAUAAAGAUCCCCAGAGAGCACAGAAAUCACACAUUGUUUCACCUAGCAGCACCAAAAAAUGUCCGAUUUGCUCCAAAAUAGCAACAAAACCAAAGAAAGAGCCCAAAAAUGACUGGGCUUUCUUCAGAUCAGGGAGAUGCUCCACUCUGUUACCAAAAUGA